UAUUUAGGUCUUCAUAUAAUUAUUAACUUGAUGAUAGUGUAGUGCACACACUAACAUCAUCAUCACCCUCAAACCCUUAUUCUGCCCACUAUUAUCAUCGCUUUGUUUGCCUGUGCAUACCAACUUCUACGUUGACUGCAUUUGCACAAGGGUGAGAACCCUACUGAGUCUCUCAGAGAAGCUUGUUUUGGAGGAGAAAGGAAGAUGGGUGCCUUGGUUUUGUUAUUCUCUGUGAUUCUAGAGGCAACCCUUUUGAGCUUUUCCUCUUUUGCUCUCACUGAAGAUGGUCUGACCUUAUUGGAAAUCAGAAGCUCUUUAAAUGAUAGUAGAAACAUUCUUCUAAACUGGAAAGCAUCAGAUUUGUCUCCUUGCGCUUGGACUGGUAUUUCUUGUCAUCCCCAGGAUCAAAGAGUCAGUUCAAUAAACCUACCCUACUUGCAGUUAGGAGGGAUAAUAUCUCCCAGCAUCGGUAAACUCAGUAGAUUACAUAGAAUAGCACUUCACAAGAACAGCUUACAUGGGAUUAUUCCUAAUGAACUUUCGAAUUGCACGGAACUUAGAGCCCUGUACUUGAGAGCCAAUUAUCUCCAAGGAGGAAUUCCACCAGAUAUUGGAAAUCUUUCUUAUCUCACUAUAAUGGAUUUGUCAAUCAACUCACUAAGGGGUGCAAUUCCUUCAUCCAUUGGUCGGUUGACUCAUUUGCACAACCUGAAUUUGUCAACUAACUUCUUCUCUGGUGAAAUCCCAGAUUUUGGAGCUCUAAGCAAUUUUGGAAACAAGUCGUUUAUUGGAAAUGUCGAUCUCUGUGGUCGCCAAGUAAACAAGCCAUGUCGAACCUCGAUGGGGUUCCCUGCAGUGCUUCCACAUGCAGCAAGUGAUGAAGCAGCAGUUCCGACAAAAAGGUCCUCUCGUUAUAUCAAAGGAUUACUGAUUGGUGCAAUGUCCACAUUGGGUCUUGUGCUCAUCCUGCUCCUUGUAUUUCUGUGGAUUUGCUUGCCAUCAAAGAAGGAAAGAGCAGCUAAAAAGUACACUGAAGUUAAGAAACAAGUUGAUCAAGAAAGUAAGCUAUAUAAUCUAUCAUACCGUUGUAUAUUCUUUUCUAAACUCUUUAAUUUGCCACUGAACUUCUGUUUCACUAUAGGCAGGAAGCUUAUUACUUUCCAUGGGGAUCUGCCGUACCCCUCAUAUGAGAUCAUAGAAAAGUUGGAAUCUCUUGAUGAGGAGGAUGUUGUAGGGUCAGGAGGAUUUGGUACGGUGUACCGCAUGGUCAUGAAUGAUUGUGGAACUUUUGCUGUUAAAAGGAUUGACCGGAGUCGUGAGGGAUCCGAUCAAGUAUUUGAGAGAGAGCUAGAGAUAUUAGGCAGCAUCAAGCACAUAAAUUUAGUCAAUUUGAGAGGCUACUGCAGGCUCCCCUCAUCGAGGCUUCUCAUAUAUGAUUACUUAUCAAUGGGAAGUUUAGAUGACCUUUUGCAUGAAAAAGGCCAAGAACACUCGUUAAGCUGGAGUGCUCGCCUAAGAGUAGCCCUUGGUUCUGCAAGAGGAUUGGCAUACUUACACCAUGACUGCUAUCCCAAGAUAAUCCACCGUGACAUAAAAUCUAGCAAUAUUCUCCUUGAUGAAUCUUUGGAGCCCCGUGUCUCGGACUUUGGUCUUGCCAAGCUAUUGGUAGACGAUGAUGCCCAUGUCACAACUGUGGUUGCUGGCACCUUCGGGUAUUUAGCACCAGAAUAUCUACAAAGUGGGAGAGCUACAGAGAAGUCAGAUGUAUAUAGCUUCGGAGUUCUCUUGCUAGAGCUCGUUACUGGAAAGAGACCUACCGAUUCAUCUUUCGUAGACAGGGGCUUAAAUGUUGUUGGAUGGAUGAAUACACUAUUGAAAGAGAAUCGAUUGGAAUCUGUGGUGGAUAGGAGGUGCAAUGAUGUGGAUUUGGAAACUGUUGAAGUAAUUCUAGAAAUAGCAGCACGGUGCACAGAUUCAAACCCCGAUGAUCGACCCACGAUGAACCAGGUGGUGCAGUUUCUAGAGCAAGAGGUCAUGUCUCCUUGUCCAAGUGACUUUUAUGAGCCACAUUCUGAUAACGGUUAAAUAAUAUGAAAGGUUGAUGGAAGCUGAUGAACUGCAACUGCAUAUAUGUAGAUUUGUUACUCGCAAGCUUCUUCGUUGUACAUUUCACCUUGUAUUGAUUGACGGGACAAAACUUGACUUUCUGUCAAAUUGCGGCUGUUUGUAGUUUAUUGCCAAGCGUGUGGACAAAAAACUAUAAACCCUUAGUUGGCUGAGAUGGUGAAUGCGAAUUUGACUCUGGUAAUUCUUAUCUUUU